GAGAGCGUGCUGGCUUGACACCAGUCCCCACCCGCCUAUUUUUUAUAUUAUUUUCAAGCCUCAACUUGAGCAAACUUUCUUUUUGCGAUCAACCUUGCGAAAUGAAGCGGGGAUGAUUGGAUGUUGGGGGUUCGAGUCCCGUGUCUGACCGCCGCCCUACAAACCUUCUGAUCGCUACUCUUUUCUUUUUUUCUUUCUUCUUCUUCUCCUCCAACAACAACGACGAUCAUGAGCACAAACGGCAUUGAAGAAACGGACUCUCUGUGUGAGACUGACGACCUGGGGGAUGCAGAGCUGUGCAUGAUAGAAGAGGAAGUUGUUUACACUCAGGAAUUUUUACCAACAUAUCACUCCAUCAGAGAGGGAGACACAGUAACCAAAACACAAGUGGUGGAAUUUAAUGAAAAGCCAGAGUCGCUGUUCUUCAACGACGGCGUUCGAAGGAUCGAUUUCAUCCUGGUGUAUGAAGAUGAGGACAAGAAGGAGUUUGAGAAGAGGAGCAUGUACAUGAGGCGCAAGAGACGGCGGGAGUACUUUGAGGCCAGCCUGGUGAAGAUGGGCUUGGAGCUUGAAGCCACUCCAUCUGUAGUCAACGACAAACUCAUGUUCGUCAAAGUUCACCUGCCAUGGGACGUGUUGUGCACCUACGCCGAGGUUCUGCACAUCAAGCUUCCCAUCCGGCCCAAUGACAUGACCCCUCGCCCCUCCAUGUGGCGCUUCUUCACCUGCAUAACAAAGCACUUCUACCCCGACGAAAAGCUGAUCCAGGGAGAGACGGAGUUUUUCACCGCCCCCUUCGAGAAGAACCGCCAGGACUGCUUUCACAUCAAGGACAAAGAUCUCUUCUUCACGCCGUCCAUGAGGAGCAGGAUGGCAUGUUACAUCUUGAGCAGGGCCCAAUAUGAACUUCGAGGGACCAUCAAGAAGUUCGGCAUCACUAAGCUGCUGAGUUCUGGGGUGUACAAAGCCGCCUACCCCCUCCACGAUUGCCAGUUCAACGUUAAGUCUAAAGAAGAAGGCUGCCCCAGUGAGAGGUACCUGCUUUAUAAAGAAUGGGCUAACCCCAUAAACUUCUACAAGAUGCAGCCGCUCGACCUCAUAAGGAAGUACUAUGGAGAGAAGGUUGGGAUAUACUUCGCUUGGCUGGGUUUCUACACAAUGAUGUUGGCUGUGGCUGCUGUGAUGGGACUGGGCUGUUUUAUUUAUGGAUACAAAACCCAAGAAACAAGCACCUGGAGCAAAGAAGUGUGUGACCCGAACAUUGGGGGGAAAAUCGUCAUGUGUCCGCAGUGUGACCUGUGCAAAUAUUGGAUACUGAACAGCACCUGUGAAACUUCCCAAACACUGUCUGUAUUUGACAACUUUGGGACUUUGGUGUUUGCAGUUUUCAUGUCCAUCUGGGUCACUUUGUUCCUGGAGUUUUGGAAGCGGUAUCAGGCUGAGCUGGAGUACGAAUGGGAUACUGUGGAAUUUCUGGAGCAGGAAGAGCCACCUCGCCCUGAAUAUGAAGCCAAAUGUCUUUAUGAUAGGAAAAACCCAAUUACCGGGGUCACAGAAAAAGUUCCAUUCACAUCCUGCGGGCGGUGUGUUCGAGUGUCCAUAGGAAUUGGGACCGUCUUUUUUUGGAUUUUGCUAAUUCUGGCCUCCAUCGUGGCCAUCAUCGUGUACCGCCUGGCGGUCUUCAUCACCUUCUCCUACAAACUCAGAAACAACAACCUGAAGAACUUGGAGCCCAUAAAGGAGUACGUGACUCCGCAGAUGGCCACGUCGGUCACUGCCUCCAUCAUCAGUUUCGUGGUGAUCAUGAUCCUCAAUAUUCUCUACGAGCGAGUCGCCAUCUGGAUUACAAACUUCGAGCUUCCACGCACCAGGACAGACUAUGAAAACAGCUUGACGAUGAAGAUGUUCCUCUUUCAGUUUGUCAAUUACUACUCCUCCUGCUUCUACAUUGCCUUUGUGAAAGGGAAAAUAGUCGGCUACCCCGGAAAACCUGUCAGACUCCUUGGAGAAUACCGAAAUGAGGAGUGUGAUCCUGGUGGUUGCCUCAUUGAGUUGACCACGCAGCUCGCCAUCAUCAUGGGCGGGAAAGCCAUCUGGAACAACAUCCAGGAGGUUUUGCUCCCGUGGGUAAAAAACUGGAUUUUCCGGCGCUGCAGCGCCUCCGUCACGGAGAAAGUGACUCCUCGCUGGGAGCAGGACUACCAGCUCCAGUCCAUAUCGCAGCUGGGACUAUUCUAUGAAUAUCUUGAGAUGGUGAUCCAGUUUGGAUUCGUGACCCUCUUUGUAGCUUCCUUCCCGCUGGCUCCAGUUCUGGCUCUGAUCAACAACUUGUUUGAGAUUCGAGUGGAUGCCUGGAAACUCACCACUCAGUCUCGCCGCAUCGUUCCAGAGAAAGCCCAGGAUAUUGGAGCCUGGCAGCCUAUUCUCCAAGGCAUCGCCAUUUUGGCUGUUGCAACUAACGCCAUGAUCAUCGCCUUUACAUCAGACAUGAUUCCUCGGCUGGUCUACUACUGGUCCUUCUCCGUGUAUCCGUAUAGCGAUAACACUGAGCACACCAUGCAGGGUUACAUCAACAGCUCCCUGUCUGUGUUUAACAUCAGCGAUUCCCCAUUUAAUUUGACAGACAUCGCUAUAUCUACGCCCUCCAACCUCACCACCUGCAGAUAUCGGGAUUUUCGCUACCCGCCUGGACACCUGUGGCAGUAUGAACACAACAUCCAAUACUGGCACGUUAUCGGGGCCAAACUGGCUUUCAUUAUUGUAGUAGAGCACAUCGUUUACUUCACCAAGUUCGUCCUUUCCUACGUGAUCCCAGACGUCCCGUACGCAGUCAAAGAACGAAUUAAACGGGAGAAAUACUUGACCCAAGUUAUCCUCCAUGAGACCAGUCUGAAGGUGGUAACCAGACGUUUGAAGCCACUCGUAGAUAACACAAUCGGCAAAGAUGUCAAAAAUUUAAACAAGGAGGAGGAGAUGGAGAUGAAGGCUACGCUGACCCCCAUAGAGGAAAACAACUGACAACACUUAUUUUUUACAUUAACACAUUACUUGUGGAUUUGUUAUUUGUAAAAAUGUUUGUUUAGUAAUAUUUUAAAAGAACAAAAUUACGAUUGCUAAUUAACAUUGCUACUUUAUGUUUUAAAGAAAGGAGUGUAUAAGAAAGCUUUUACUUUUAUAUGUAUGUCCUAUUGCACUUACAGAGGUAGAUACAUUUGCUUUAAUAAAAGCAGAAGUGACAUUUAGGCUGAGAGACAAAAAAAAAUAAUUUUGUCGAUAAAGCCACAUUUCAGAAUGUGUGACCUACAUAGACGCAAUUAUCUUCUUUUCAUCAAACAUCAGUGUUGCUUAAUGCUUUUGAUUCAUGUUUUAUUAUGUUUAUAUUUAAAGAAACAUUCUCAAAAGAUUUUACUGUUACAAUUCGUUUAAGUAGCCCACUCAGUUUUUUUUUCAUAACUAACGCCUAUAUGUCAACAUUUAUUUUUAUAAACUGAUGUAAAGUUUGUGUUGCAUAGUUGCAGAGCCUGUGUAGAGAUUGCAUUUUGCUGGUUCUAACAUUAUAUGUGUCCACGUUUUUUAAUCAGCACUUGUGUUUAAUAUUUGUAAAAGCAUCAUGACCACUAAUGUACUUAUUGUAACUAAACUAUGUUUGUUGUGCGACAGUAUAAUAACCAAAGCUGUAUUAUAGCCUAUCAGUCUUUGUCAACCGUAUUACUGUUAUUCAAGCAACAUUUGAUACAUUUUAGUACUUUUUUAAAUGUUUGUAAUUUUUUUGUUUUGUCAAAGUGAACUAUCUAAGAUUAAACAUUUUUACUUUAA